CCCACCCUCCCCCACACAACGUCCCACAACGGCCUCUCUCAUCUCCUCAUCGUCUUUCAACAGCCCUACAACACCCCGUCUCCCGCACGUGCCUAUAACAUCAGUUCAGUCGGGGGUUCACCCCUCAUCUCGACAUCAUCUCCCUUCCCUCCCUCAUCACACCACUCACGAUCCAUCGCCCCUCCGCUCCACCUUUCACCAUGCCGCGCAAACCCCCAAUAAGGCGCCUGGGGGCGUUUGCUGUCGCCACCGCCGCCAUUCUCGCGCCCGCAGCCUUGGCAGCAACCCCAGCACCCAGUGAUUUGCCAUCAGUCGACUUUGCCAAGAUGGGCCAGGUCGGCUUUGGUGGCUCGUUCGCUGGCCUCGACUGGUUCUCAUCACAAUCUCCGUUUGCCGUUAGAGCCGCUGACAAUGGCACACGGGUCUCAUAUUCUGCCACGGCCGACACCCUUGUUAUGCGAGCAGACGAUGGGACAGUGACCCCUGUCGGGACAACAAACGACGGAGGCCGGAUCGCGGCCAUGUGUUGGUCCAACGACAACACACUGUACAUCGGCGGCGACUUUCAACAGUUUGGCGGCAUCAAUGCCGACAGCAUCGUAUCUUACUCGCCAUCAGAGGCAAAGUUCUCAGCAUUGGGCGCCGGCAUUUCUGGACCUGUCGAAGCCCUCUACUGCGAUGACGCGAACCAUGAUGUAUGGGCAGGCGGUUUCUUCUCAGCACCAGAAAGUCUGGGCAACGUCGGCCGCUGGUCAACACAAUCAUCCGCGUGGGCAACAGUACCGUUUGGUGGCCUCAACGGCCGUGUGCGCGCAAUCUCGUCCAGCUCGGACGGAGGCAGCCUCUACUUUGGAGGCGAGUUCACGACCCUGUUUGCAGACACCUCGAACACAACAGUGCGCACCUUGGCCUCUGCGCCCUUUGCUCCACCAAACACCAUCACAACAGGAGAUUCCGGUUACCUCGUGCCAGUCACAAUCCCAGCCGCAGCCUCCCAGUAUGGAGGAUUGAGUGUCAACGCCGCGCCCGCCACUACCCAGGACGGGUUUAAUGAUGCAAACGCACUGGUGUGCCCCAACGCUGGACCGUGGCUUGCCCGCGACGCCUCUGUGGCCACCAUCAACAUUCUCGGCAACUCAUACUUGACCGGCAGCGGAAUCCGCAUGGCCAACGCCCUUGUCGACGGACGCGGCACCACAUCGUUCACAGUGACGACGCUUCCCGACAACACGGUGUUGACGCUCCGAUACACAGACCCAGUGACGGGCGAGGAGAAGAGCUGCAGCAACAACUGCCCGCUCUCCACAGACGCCAACGUCUAUGCCCAAGACUUCCUCUUCCAAGGCGGCUCGCGUGCUUUGACAGGCUUUAACAUUGUCCUCGACUCGUGGCAGGGUGCUGGCGCUGGUCUCAACUACAUCCAACUUCUCUCUAAUGGAGCUUACGCCUCGGCGGUCGAGGCGAACAACCAGGGUUUCUGUGGCCCGUCCAACAGCUCGAUACACACGAUUGGCGACUGGCAGAGCGCAAACGCACCGUCCAACAUCGCUGGCACUGAGCAGGGGUACAUGGCCUCUACAGUGCCCGUUAACAGCCCGUCCGACACCUCGAUCACUCUUUACCCGUGGGUUGGCUCAGCCGGCUACUACAAGAUCUACCUCAUAAUCCCUGGCUGCAACAACAUUGGCGACUGCGCCAGCCGCACCACUGUUGACGUUGCCAUCUUCCCUACCGAGGGUGGCACUCCCUACACCGCGACCAUCAACCAGAGGGUCAGCGAGGACACUGAAGUGCUGAUCUACGAUGGACUUGUCGAUGCGUCUAACGCGACUUUCAACCCUACCAUCCGCGUGGCCCUACCCAACCAGCCCGCCGGCGUCGACGCAUCCGACUACGUCGUUGUUGCCGCUGGCGUCCAGUUGCAACUCACUGGCUUGAGCACUGGGCAGGAGGCGGCUCCCGGCGCCAGCGGCUCGGCUGGCGCGGGCAUUGGCCAAGCUGGAACCCCCGCACCGGUCACUACUGUUGUCGGUGGAAGCACCGUUGUCGUCACCCCUACUGGAACCCAGCCUUUCACCACCGCGAUUGGCGGGAGCACGGUCGUUAUCAUACCCACGGCGACCCUGGGGCCGUCCGCUUCCGGCUCAAUCCCCUCUGGCUCGAUCAUUCCGGCUCCCACACCCGCAGCCGUUCGUACCGCCUUUGGCGUGUACGAGUACGUCCGCUCGUCUCGGAACCUUAAUGCGAUCAACUCUCUCCUCCCCAACCUCACAGAGACCGGCCUUACUCGCCUCGGCUUCUCUCUCGACGCUAGCAACAAUCAAACGGCGGCCCGAGACUUCCGGGUGGCCACUGUAGUACCGGCGGACAACUUGCUCUUUGUCGGCGGCUCCUUCAAGACCCAGGACUGGUCCAAUGUCGUCGCCGUGGAGAAGAGCUCUGGCAUCAUCACCGCUCUCGCCGGGCAAGGCCUCAAUGGUCCUGUGGCGGCGGCGGUUACGGUCGGCCAAUUUGUCUACGUUGGCGGCGAGUUCACUAGCACGGUCAGCGGCGGUGACCAGCUCAACAGACUUGCUCGGUACGACCUGGGAGGCAAGAAGUGGGAGGCUCUCGAGGGCGGCGUCGACGGUCCCGUGACCGGCAUUGUUCAGUAUAAGAACAGCCUGCUGAUCGUCGGCAACUUCAGCAGCGUACUAGCUGCCAACGGCAGCACUUCGACUGGUGGCUACGCUCUCUACGACACGUCGACAUCCCGGUGGUCCAACAACGGCAUUGUAUACGGUAAUGCCGCGGCGGCUGCCAGCUCCAACGCGGACGCGUACAUUGGUGGCCGCAUUCGUGGCUUUUCGCGCAAUGCUGUCAACGGUGUUGCCUCGCUCUCCAUAAAGGAUGGCACUGCUCAGAUCUCCAACCUCGAGGGUGUUGCGUUCUCCAACCAGGGUUCCGCCCCGGCUUCCAACAACCUCACCAGACGCUCGCACACCGCCCGCUGGAUCUCCCGCAUCCACCGCUCGUUGGUCGAGCGCCAGGCUGCGGCCCAGCCCGCUGGCUACACUGAUGAGGCCAACUUGGCUCCCGCUGCCCUCACUGGCGCCUACUACAAGAACACAUCGGACAAUAACGCGAUGGUCACAAUUCUUGGCGGCAAUUUCUCCCAAGGCACCGGUGACAAGCUCAUCUCUGGUGUCGCGUUCCAGUCUGAUGGCACCCUCUACGGCCCGCCGAGUCCAGUGUCUGGUGUUGUUUACGCUCUAGAGGUUCACAACGACGUCCUUUACGUUGGCGGCUCAGGCGUCAACAUCACCCACGCUGGCAGACCAUACACGUCGUUCAUCACACUGAACCUCAAGACCAACUCGUGGACGAACUCGAUGCCGUCGACCCCGUCGACUGGCUCCAACGAGAGUGUCAGCGUCAAUGCGAUCAAGGCUCAGCCCGACUCGGACGUCAUUGUCGUUGGCGGCAACUUCGUCCAGGUCGGCGACCUUCCUUGCCCUGUGGUGUGUCAGUUCAACGCUGCCAAGACCCAGUGGACCAGAGUAGGCAACAACGCUCCGUCGGCUGGUGAGAUCAAGUCUCUUGCUUUCGGUGGUGCCAAGAGUGAGGUGCUUGUUGCUGGUGGCUCUUUUGUUAUUGGCGGCAGGAACGUUUACGCUGCUCGGUACACGUUUAAUGCGAGCGGCGCCAACAGCGCUUGGGAACCCCUUGGCCAGCUUCCUGGCCCGGUGGAGUCCAUCGCCAUCAAUGACGGCAACGCCUCCAACAUCUUUGCGGCCGGCUUUGAUGCCUCGACCUCGAAGCCUUACCUCCAGCACUGGAACGGCGCCGCGUGGUCCGAACAGAACUCGUCGCUUCUCAUGGACGGCACUUCUAUCAAGAAUCUCGCCUUCGUCCCGCUCUCCAAGAAGCAUGAGGCUCGUGGCGUCAUCGAGGAGAACCGUAUGCUCAUGGCGACCGGCAACGUCCUUCUCGCUGGUCAAGGUAACGCUUCUUCGGCACUGUACGACGGCGCACAAUGGCAUCCUUACCUCGUUGGAUCCAGCGCGACAGGCAACAUGGGUGCUGGCUCAUCGCUGUUCUGGUCCGAGUCCAAUUUCAGCUUCACGCUCGGCCGCUACCUCGCCCGUGGCCUCGUCGUUCUGGUCGCCAUGGCGAUCGCCACCGGACUCAUUCUCCUGCUGGUCUUGAUUAUCCUGCUGGUAGCGUUCUGCCUCAGACGCCAGGACCGCAAGCGCCGGCCACCGCAGGAGAUGUACGAGAAGGACGAGGUGCGCAGCGAGGGAUCUUCCACACACAACCUCAUCCACUCUCAUGUGCAGACUGCGCUGGAACAGAGUUUCGCACCAGCACAGUACGCACCAGGACAACACCCGGGCGUGGCCAUGGCUGCGGCGGGAGCAGCGGGCGUCGGCGCGGGAGCCUACGCUCACCACCGUACGGCCGAGUCGUCCGACAGCCACUACCUCGACGCGGCCGAGUACAACCAACCGCCACUCGAGAGUGAGGAGUAUGGUGCGGCGGGCUCGUGGGAAGGGAGCGAUGAGGGGCGAGAGACGGUGAUGCGGUACGACUUCUGCGGGCCAGAACUGCAGUCGGGUGAGCUGUCCAUGAAGGCGGGGCAGCGGGUGAUUAUUCUCGACGACGAGCAGAGCGAUGAGUGGUGGUACGCGCGCGACCCGGCGACUGGGCGACAGGGUGUCGUGCCGGCGACGUACGUAUUGUGAUAUACCCAGGACAUUCUUUUGGUUCAUAGACAGCCAUGUUCAGCACCCAGCCCGCUGGUAUAAUUGCUACAUCUAGUUCAUGUUCUAUUAUUCUGCACGAUGCGGCGAUGCUGGUGGAUGGAGGAUGAAUGAAUGAAGGGCGG